GUGGCAGAAGCAAAGUAACAGCAACACCAAUGAGGAUGAGGCAGUUCUGGUACAGUGAUGGCAGUCAACUCAAUGUAAAGUAUCCUAAGUCAUGUUUGCAGAGUAAUAAAUGAUAAACAUUUGAUGAAACUUUGCGUAAGAGCAACCAUAUUGUCAGUGCAACAAGUCGAGCCAAUGUGCCAUCUCUGGCUGUGGCCAAGAGUAGAUGCAGAAAACAUGAAAAGUAGGGCAUGUAUGGUGACGUGCGGGUUGAUAACUGUGCCUAAAAAUAAGGUACUUUAGAAACAUAAAAUCUGCCUCGCAAGCAAGGCGGGUGUUUGAUUGAAGACUGAAGCUGGUGAUGCUGGCGCUGCAGAAGGCUGUGUAUUGUUUAAAUCUGAUGGUUUGCAUCUGAGAUGAGACAAAAUGAGCGGUGGGAGGUGGGAGGCAGUGGUGGGGCUGUUGGGGGAGAUGCUUUCCCUUGGCCAAGGCCAGCAGCGUCCUGCUUCUCAUGCAGGGCUGAUGCUGGUCUGCGUGCCAAGGAGCCCUCGUCCCCUGGAAGUGUUUUGGGGCAGCUUUCUGAAAGAUGCACAGAAAUACUCCCAUGGGCUUCAAGAGGACUGUUGCCCAGCGGUGAUAGUAUCAGCUGGUGCUGAUCCUCACUGCUAUUAUUGUGCAUGGGCUGAUACCUAUAGCUGCUGUACAUUACUGCAGUGACGGCUGACUGUGCUGUGGGCAUUGGGUUGGCAGCCUCAGGCCCUCUCCUUGUCCCAUCCUGGGGUAGAAGUGGACAAGGGUCUGAAAUUUUUGGCAUGGAGGAACAGUGGGCACGUGGCUUAGUAAUGGAACAAAUAGGUCAUCGUGGAGUUCACUAGGGCAUAAGGGCAGUGCCGUAGGCCAACAACUCAGAUGCAUGAGCCGUAUGGAGCAACAUUUUGUGCACUGUAGUGUGGAUAGAUUGUUUUUCCCCAAGUUUCUUUCCCAGCACAACCUGCAGGCUCCAGGUGGUGGGCAGCCCCUGGCCCCAGUAAACAGGAGAUGUACGGGCUCCUCUGUGUUGUGUGGUUCAGAUCUCUUGAGGGUCAUUGGAGCGGUUACAGAUGAGCUCAAUAAUGUCAGUCAGCAUUAGAGCUGAAGGCAUUUGGUUAACAAUAAUUAAAUGCUAGUGCUAUUUGGAAGGAAUGAAUCAGAUUGUGGGGAAGAGCAUCUUCUCCUACGUCUCCCGCAGAAUCAAUAGUCCUCCUGGCAGGUGUGUAACAGGCACCUUCAGCUCCCAUCAGUCACAUCCAUGCCAAUCACGGAGCAGCUGGAAGCACUGCAUCACCCUGGCACUGCUCUGUUCCCACGGCGUGCUGCUGUCAUCGCCCAUGCACGGGGUGCCAUCCAUCCUGCAGCUGGGGAUGCUGAUGUGCAGAGAGCACUUCCCUCUUGCUGAAAGCUCCCAGGGCUACGUGGCUGCGGGCAGCGAGGAGCUGCAAUUGGAAAAUCCAUUCCCUUAUCUGACCCGGUGCUGUGCCCCAGAAGGGCAGUUCCCUCUGUUGUGUGUUUUUUUUUUUUUUUUUCCAUGUGCCAAAAUGUAUGCAAGUGGCUUUAAACAAUAAAAGGACUUUGGUCAAAAAGCACAGCAUGCAGGCAAACAGCACUCCGUAUCUUACAGGAAGGGUGUGGGCUUCUGCAGUGGUGCUUUUGAGGUCCUGAUGGAAAUUAGCUUUAGGUUUUUUUUAUUCACGUCUUAUUCCAAAGCCUGAUUUGAGGGCACUUGCUGCUUUCAGGCUCAAAAUCUUGCAAAUUUGUAGCGUGUGAUGUCAGCAAGGAGGAUCCGGGUGUGCAGGUCUGCGUGCAUCCUCCGGUUUCAGGGCUGGUACGAAGCGGAAGCUUUACCCAGGAAAACAAAUGGGAGGUGGUGAUACUGCUGUCACUGAUGGGUCGGGCUGCUCCCCGCAUUGCAACCCUCUCACAUAUCACGAACUGUGGAAAAAUAAAUGGGGAGUCGAAUGGGAGACUUAUGCCCUCAAUUAAUUUCUGUUCCAUGUAAUCAGCGCUGCUGCGUGCUUUUCCUUCCCUGCCAGCUGCCUGGCGCAGGGCUGGGUCUGCCUCGUGCGAGGGCAGCUGGGAUUGGAUUGGUGUUUGCACAGAAGUCCCGCUCUGAUCUUCCUUUCUCUGCCUGGGGGCAGGGAUCCCGCUGCUCCUCUGAUGCUGGAGAUAAAUUUUGCUAGCAGAUACUCUUCUCUGGGAGAGCAAAGGGGAGCGGGGAGCAGUGUGUGUAAUGCAUUCCUGAAGGAGUACAAUUUCCUCGUCUCUGGGCAUCAUCUCCUCUGGGGCUGUGAGGUGCUGCCCUUGCUCGGCUGCAGGCAGAAGGGCUUUGCUCGUGGCUCAAAGCACGCAGCCCUAAUCAGGGAAGACAAAUCGAUGCAAUUAGUGCGUGGUCCCUGAAGAUUUGCAGGCUAUUGAACAGUUUUCUGUAUUACACAAGGCUUGUUUGGUGUGUGCUUUGAAACCAAGCCCUUGGACUUAGUUCUGAUUUGAGCUGGAUUCAAACUCCCGGCUCAGUUCUUCAUGUUCCGGCUGGUUGACGUGUCCCUGUCCCUGCUCCAAGCUGGUGGCUGGAGCCUGGGGUGACCUGAGAGCAAAAGGCACAACUGGGAUUUCAUACUGCAGGGCCAGCGGGGGCUGCUCCAGCUGCAGCCUUGAGAGCACUGCAUGGACCAGAGCAGAAGCUCUGCAGAGCAGCUCUGGCUUCCUGUAGGAGCUUAAUGGCCACCACGGGUACAUCUGGGGACCGUGGCCGGCUUGUUUCGCCUGCUGCUGAGGAGCAAUGUGUCCCCCUGCAGCCUUGGGCAGGGAAGGCUGCUUGGCACACAGGGCCUUUCUGAAGGAAGCGCAGAAAAUAAGCCUGUGUCGGAGUACUGCUGGGAAGAAGAAUGUAUAUUGAGCUGGGUUGGGUGUUCACAGGAAAUAUAUGGUGAAAAUAUUGAGGGGGUCUCUUCAAACAAGCGCCAGUGUUAUUAAGGGUGGAACAGUUGGGAGGAGAAGAGAACGAGCCGCUUACAUUUUUCAGUUACCAGCAUCAGCUCCAAAGGAGAUCUUUGGACUCGCUGUUUCACUCCUUUCCUCCUUACUCGUAUUUCAUUCCCUCUGCUCGGAAGGAGCGUGCUGAGGAGAGAGAGAUUAUCUGCAGCCAGAGAUAAAGCGCCCAAAGCGAAAUGUUUUUAAUUCCCUGGAGCAGAAUUGAGCUUUACGUUUGGAGCUUCCUGUUCAGCGAGGAAUUGGAACUUACGUUGAUUCACCUUCACUGCCACAUUCAGCUCCGCGUCGAGCGGCAGCGGAACUUCCCUUGUUGCAAACAGGUAGAAUAGUAUCCGCGCUUCAAGAAGGCUUCCACCAUCUUCUCAUCAGACUGCGAUGGGCCCUUCCCAGCCUGGCCCCAAGAUGCUGGUAUAGCACCAGGCAGCCGUGAUCCCGAGGACCUGUGGUAGGACACCAUUUCCAGCUGGGACGUCCUUUGGCCCCUCUCUCCUGGCAGAAGCAAUGGAUGCCCACGUGGACCUCCUGACAGAGCUGCAGCUGCUGGACAAGGUGCCCACGCUGGAGAGGCUGCGGGCAGCCCAGAAGCGGAGGGCUCAGCAGCUGAAGAAAUGGGCGCAGUAUGAGAAGGAGAUGCAGCACAAAAAGCGGAAGCAUGAAAAGAAGAGAAAUGCUGUUAACCGGAAGAAAGUGUCUUUUGAAGCCAGUGUUGCUCUGCUGGAGGCUUCCCUGAGGAACGACCUGGAGGAAGUGUGCUACCUGCUGAAGAGCAACAUCAGCCCCGACCUGUGCAACGAGGACGGACUGACCGCACUGCACCAGUGCUGCAUAGACAACUAUGAAGAGAUUGUCAAGCUCCUCCUCAGCCACGGGGCCAAUGUCAAUGCCAAGGACAAUGAGCUGUGGACUCCCUUGCAUGCAGCAGCCACGUGUGGUCACAUCAACCUGGUGAAAAUCCUCAUCCAGCACGGAGCAGACCUGCUGGCAGUGAACGCGGAUGGCAACAUGCCCUAUGACCUCUGUGAGGAUGAGCCAACCCUGGAUGUCAUUGAGACGUGCAUGGCCUAUCAGGGAAUUACACAGGAAAAAAUCAAUGAGAUGCGGGCUGCCCCGGAGCAGGUCAUGAUCUGUGACAUUCAUGACAUACUUGCGACUGGCCAGGAUCUGAACAGGACUGACGCCCAAGGUGCCACGCUGCUGCACAUAGCCGCAGCCAAUGGUUAUCUGCAUGCAGCUGAAGUCCUUCUUGACCAGGGGGCAAGCCUGGAUGUGAAGGACUGGGAUGGCUGGGAACCUCUUCACGCUGCAGCUUUCUGGGGACAGAUGCAGAUGGCUGAGUUACUCGUGUCCCAUGGGGCUAGCCUGAGUGCCAGGACAUCUUUGGAUGAGAUGCCAAUAGAUCUGUGUGAAGAAGAGGAAUUCAAAGUAUUACUUCUGGAGUUGAAACACAAGCAUGAUGUGAUAAUGAAGUCUCAGAUGAGGCAUAAAUCUUCCCUGAGCCGAAGGACCUCCAGCACUGGCAGCCGGGGGAAAGUGGUGAGGAGGGCCAGCCUCUCCGACCGGACAAACCUCUACAGGAAGGAGUGCGAGAAGGAGGCCAUCGUGUGGCAGCAGCUGGGGGCCGCAGAAGAAGGAAGGAACUCGGGUCUCAUUGGAGAAAUUGGAGAGACUCGGUCUGACCAGGAGAACACAGACCCUGUAAGGAAUCUCUUCUGUCUUAUGGAGUCGCAGCAGAGGAAUUCACUGCUGGAGAGUUCUUCCCUCUUUCCGGAGUUAGCAAACAAAAGCACCCAGUGUGACUCUGAAAUCCCCCUUCAGAAUGGACUCAUGGCCUCUGCCAGCACUUACCCAUACACCUUCUCCAACGGGGACGUGUGGAGCAUGCACGCCGACCCUGAUGGUAACCCAGGCCACGUGCUGCCCUACGGCAGCCCCGCACUCCCUGACGCUCAGCAGUUCUGGGGCGCCUACAAGGAGCAGGGCCACCAGACGCUCUCUGAACUGAAGCGGCAGCGCGCUGCAGCCAAGCUCCUCAACCACCCCUUCCUCAGCACUCACUUUGGCAGUGGUGUGGGGGGAGUCUCCGAGAACGGGGGUGAGGCCAAGUCACACCUAAUUGCAUCCAGGACUUCUCCCUACAGCUCCAAUGGGACCUCGGUGUAUUACACAGUGUCCAGUGGGGAGCCACCCCUCUUGAAAUUCAAAGCUCCCAUGGAGGAAAUGGAAGAGAAGGUGCAUGGGUGCUGCAGGAUUUCCUAGUUCCACCUGUUACUCGCCUCGGAGGAAACGAGAAGGGAGUGGGCUGGUAGGAUCUAUCACCACGGCCAGGUUGUUUGCAUUCCAAGGGGAGAAUCUGGUUAUGGACAUCCUGACUGAGGCAGUCUCCUUCAUCUUGAAUUGUACUUUACCCUGCUAGUUACUUCCAUUGAAGUCAAAUGAGUAAUGCAGGUGGAGCAAGGCUCUCAGGAGAGGAAGGGAUAUGCAUCAAUAUGAUAUAAAAAAAAAUAAAGAUGCCUACGUCUCUCUCCCUGGGGAAGAAGGUAUGGUGCACUGUCUCCCCAUCCUUGGGAAGUCAUGGGAGGGCUUGGAAAGAAGAAGUGAUCUGAUUUAAAAUCUUUGCAUCUGAGCCUCUUGCUGCAAGCCACCAUGCUUCCUGAGGGUAACAGUUCAGACCUGAAUUUUCACUCCUGGUGAUGCACGUUUCCUGGAGGGGGGAGAUCAGCCCGAUGGGAGGUUUGCAAGUGGACAGAGCUGUUUUCCGUGCAUCUGGAUCCUGCAUCUACAGGGGCUGAGCAACAAGCAAGUGUGGAUACUACAUGUAGGUACUACGCUUGCUGUAGGAAGUUUGCAAGGUGUUGUCUCCUUGCAGUGACAGCUCACCAUCAGAAACUACGUGCUGGCUGGGUCCUGUUCUGCUCAUCGAAACUCACACUGCAGACUGCAUCAGGUUCAAAGCAGAACUCUUCCUGGAGCAGGCGUCACUCAGCAGGCUUUACAACUGACGUUGCAAUAAGGGGCCCUGGCAAUAGAAUUUUACUGCAAUAAAAUACUGACAAAGGUCUAUAUUGGGAUAAGUAAUUUAAAACACUUAUUUGUACUAUUUAGAUUUCAAUUUGUUUAAAACUGAAAGGACUUUUGCUGAUCUCACUUUCCUAUUGAUUGUUUGUUUACCCUGUAUGCUCAGCACAGAUACUUGGGGUGAUGUCCUUUGUGUUCUGACUUUUCUGGAUGUCCAGAACCACAGGGCUCGGGAGGGGCAAAGAGGAAGGGCUUGCCUGCACUAAUCCAGAAAAGCCUGAAAGCAUUUCUAAUCUCUGUAGGUGUUACCUUGUGUUAACCUGAAGUCUUUGGCUGAUGAGUAACUUAAAUCAUUGCUUUGGUAGUUGAACAUUGCAGCAGGAGAGGAGACUUCUUUGCCUUUAUUUCCAGCUUCCAUGCUGAAGUCAUCGGCAUCCGUCGGAACAAGGCUUGAGUGCCUCUGUGUGUUGGGUAGUCAGCAUGCAGCACUUAGAGAAGCCUCUGCUGCAGGGAGGUGGGCACACCAACACUGGUGUUCAAAUGCAGUUCGUGUUAGUUCAGGCAUACAUGAGAAACUCUUGCGUGGUAUAACGUGCAGUUUUGGCAUUGGCUUUUCCAGCAAGUGGAAGUUUCAGCAUACCUUGUGGAGGUGAAGGAAAAAUGGCCACAGUUGAGCUUACGAGGUUCCAUCUGCAGGAACAGUUGUUUGUAAACGUUCAGCCCUCUUUCUGCACAGAGGAGCUAUUGCACACAUAAAUGUUUGCCUGCAUGAGUAUGAGUUGCUUUGGACAGCUGACAUCCCAGGCUGAGCACAGCCUGUCUGGGUCUCUGUAAGCCAGCAAUGGAUUGAAUCCUGCUUGCUGUGAUGCUGCUGUGCUUCAGCCAAACAACAGAAAAUGCAGCUUCCACCCAUCAGCCUUUUAGCUGCAGCUGUUAGACAUCAGUGUAACAUUCCUCCCCUCCACAGCUUUAGGAACAAACUGGAAAACUGCAGCAGUUGGUCUGAUUUCAUUUUAUUAUUAUUUUUUUGAAACUUUCAUUCAGUUAAAGACAAAGGGGUUCUUCGUAUGUUUGAAACAGAGAAGUUGGGCGUUUUCUAGCACAGUGCCAGACAGCUUGCACUGCUGAGCUUCUCUGUGACUGGAACACAUCAGCAUAAGACCAAAAAAUACUUCUUGUGCUUAACUUCAAGGGAAAUGAAAAGCCACUCUCUGGUAGAAAGAGGGUAAUUUGGUAACUGGACAGACUUUACAGCAUCCGUGCGUCGUUAACAGGGGGUCUUGUGAUCACCUAGAGAAAAUCCAUCUGAGAUGAUAUCAAGUGUAGCUGUGUGUUACUGUGUGGGGGAGAUGAUCUUUCAGGUGCCUCUGCUCUCGCAUGGUGUUGGGGAUUGUCUCCUCACAUCCGUCCCCCUGAGAAUUCUGGACUCAGUGUAGAAUUUUUUGGUGCUGCUACUCACUAGGUGCAAAAUACAUGGUGCAAAUUCAGCCCAGCUGAUGCCUUCCUUUGUUGUUGGACCAUUCUCCUUCUCAGAGCAGUUUUGUACUAUCGAGUGUAUUGAAUCCUCUGUAACUCCAUGCAGAUGAAAAGGAGGCACUUGAGUGCAACAGUGCAAAGUAGUUUGAGGUUUGCUUUCACUGAGAGCUGUUGAUAGAUUGAAGCUGUAGGAAGCCAGUCCAUUUUAGACCAACAGAUUUUACUUAAUUGCUAUUUCACUCUGUUUAUAUGUGAAGCCUGGGGAAUUCUUAAUUCUAGCUGUGAUCUUGAGCAAAGCAGCAAUUGAUUUACUGUCAGGAGAAAGAUGCUAUAGAUUCUAGAUUAUUCAUCAUCCCCUUAAUUGGUCUUUGUGUUGUAAUUGUAAAAUUGGCCAUAAUAAACUCUUCCAGCAUUACCACUGCAAGGUAACAUGCUCACUGAAGUCUGAUGCUGUCUGGUUGGAUGGAAUUAAUUCUCAUUUAGAUGGCACAGUCAGUAAUCGAUAAAUGCUCCAGAAUUUGUUCCUUAGCCACGUCUUUAUCUCCCUGUGGCUUUGGGCUGCAGUUGCAUCAGGAUGGGACUUGGGAGGACUGUGGAACAGUGACCUAAGGUAGAUACACACCUUUGUGUCGGUGACGUUCUGGAUGUAGCGGUCGGUGCCUGCAGAGCACUGGCAAAUAAGCUCAGGGAAGGCUGGCAGUUCUGCCUGCAGAGCUGCUGGUUGUAGGUCUGGGAUGAGUGAUUCUGUAAAACAGGUUUUCUGCCUGCUUCUGGCAGCGUGUUUUGUAGAGGCUGACGUUGGAGGGGAUUAAUAAACGCGUGGAAGUUCUUCUAUGUGCAUUGUAGGAGCUUACCUCUUGGAGCAGGGCUCUUAACUGCAAAACUUAGCAAUGUUGUAACAGUAGUGCUUUCUGUAUCUGUCUGUUUGAAUAAAGGCUCUCCUAGUGGAAAGGUCUGAAGUACACAGCAGAAGGUGCAUUGGCUAAUUCACUAGAUCUUCGUUUUGCUAAAAAGCUGUGGAAACAAUGAAUUGUGUUGAUUGGCAUAUCAAGCACUUGGCUUAUUAGAGGGAGAUUUUAGGAGUUUUACACUGUAAUCAGUGAUGCUAGGUUCAGUAAUGCUCUAAAUACAGAUUCAAGGUCAGAUCAGAGUCACGCUUUCAUCAGCAGUAGCCUAAGGUUGUAGUGGUUCAUGAAGGCCAUGCAAAGAUCUGAGGAGUGCAGUACUGGCCUGCUGUAGCUAGAGCUGCACGUGGGAAUGACCUCCCUACUUGCAGAAUCUUCCUUGCUUCCUAUGUCAAAAGACUUGACUUAGCUGCAAAAAAAAAAGUGUCUCUCAAAAUAGCAUCUCUACUUUACUGAGCUCAGCCAGGGAAGUCCCAGCAAUGAAAUGUCAGAUAAGGGCUUAAGCACAAUUGCUGGGAUCUGUGUGACUUCAGGCCUGGAUCUAUGCUUGGUGUACCCAGUGGUGUGAUUUUAGCUCAGUGUCACUUCUGUGGUGCUCUGGAAUCCUACAACCCUCUGUUCUGUCAAGAAGGGACUCCAGCUGGUGUGAUGCUGUAGCAGGUGUGGCUGGGCACCCAGAGGCUGAAGAACUCCUGGUAGGGAAGGAGCAGAGCGUGGCAGUGGCAAUGAGUCAGUGCAAUCCAUGGCAGAGGCAGUGAAUUCUCUGGUGCACUGAGCAAGGUCUUAUUUCAUGGAGUUGCAGAUGAAAGCACUUGUGAUCUCCCAGCUGGCUUUACAAGUUUUGUUUGGUGUGCUUUUAGUUUAAUCUUGGACCUCUGGUUACUCAAAUCUUGCACACUGAAACACAGCUGGCAGUACCCUGAAAUAAGAAUAACUUAACUGAGAAAGCAACAGCACUGGUCUGUGGUGAGCUGUUGUGCAUCUGCUGGAAGGUGUCCUCCCUGUGUCUGGGUAUUUCUGUGCCUUAUACUUGCUAAAAUUACUCUGUUUUGUUGGUCUCUGGAAUGCUUGCGGUGACUGUGCGGUGCUGUUUGCUAUUGCAAGGGAAAGCAGUUCAGAGCAUGCCAGGUAUUGAAGCUUUUGUUUAUUCAUUUCUCCCACACUCACCGUUUCCCUUUAUAAUACACAGAAUGGAAACGAUCGGGAUAAUUUCACAGAUCUUUCUGACCUCUUUCAGUAUAGCAGCUCUCGCCAGGCAGAAUCCAACGCGUGCUCAGAGUGCUGUUAAUAUCUGGAGUGUUGUUUUCUUUGUGGCCGUACAACAGAAUUGGUUGUUCUUCAGCUGUGUUCGUCCUGCCCAAGCAGGCCCUGGGCUGCAGUCCCCCCCCAUCAUCCGGGUACCGCUGGGCUCUUCAGGCAACGUCUGACCCAGAACAUCGCGCUGCGUUCCAGCUGCGGAAGCGCUGUGGUCGAGGAGACGACGCUCGAGGAGCGUGUUCUGACCUCACCAACACACUGACCUCCACCGGGACAGAGAUACGGGUUUUACAGCAGUGCAAAAGCAGCCUCGGCACUGCAGCACAGGGCGCCUUCCGCAAUAACCCUCACCCCACCCACCCGCUGCGGAGUGUACAGACCCAACCCGACCAGGUGUAUUUUAUGUGAGAAACAUAACGUAAGGACUGUAUAUUGUAUUAGCAGCUUUGUGUAUAAAAUGGCAUUUUGGCAAUCAGAGUCUAAUAUAUUUAAAAGUUUUUUUUUUUUUAAAGGAUAUUUGAUAUUGUAUGGGAUUGACUUUGUUGUUACUGUAAGAAUGAAGAGAUGGUUUCUUAACGUGUUGAAGCAACGCAUAAAAUCUUAAAUUUUAUGUAAAACUCAUGCCAAAAGGGUAUGUCUGACAGUAUUAGCACCUGACCUGCGUCUUUAAUAGAGAGAUUGAAUUUUUUAAUUUAAAAAAAAAUAUAUAUUAAAUUUCUUUUAAUAACACA